AAUAUAUUUUAAGCAUAAAAGCCUAUAAUUUAAAAAUUAUGGCUGUCAAAUAAAUGAACGCUUAUUUAAUUAAAUGUCAUGUAAAUGUGGAUAUGAUGUGCUAUAAGAAGUAGUAUAGAAAUAUAAAACAUGAAUUGUCUCUAAAAUCAUCCCCUAUUAAGAUAAAAAUAUUCAUACGAACUUCAAAGAAUAAAUUUUUAUGUUUAUAUCCUGUUAUUUGAGUAAAAACAUGGUGAACAUAGAACAUCGUCCCACACUUUAACAUAUAACAUAAUAUAUUACAGGCUACAGGCGUGCAUACUAGUAUAAGUACGCCUACAUUUGUUUCAUUUGUUGGGUGAUUUUAAACUUAUGACCUACUUGAAUUAAUUUUAAUUUAAAACACUAUAAUCAGCGAGAAAAUGUUGUUCAACUUAUUUAUAGUUUAGGCAUAAAUAUUUCUAACGUCGAUAAUGGAGUAAGCUCUAUUGGGACCAGACUAGAAGGCGGUUCAAGUUUGAAAAAAACUGCAGAAAUGGCGUAUGCUAGCAAACACAAUGAUUUUAAUAAAAAGCCGACUGAUGAGCGCAAAUCGUCAAGCGGUUCAGAUUCUUUCACGGGAGAUGCACGUAGACUAAGUGAAGCUGGUGUAAGACGUAGCUCAGGAAACAGUGUUGUUCUUACAGAAGAUACAGACAAAUUUAUAAUCGGAAAUCGAAUUUGGGUGGGUGGAACUAAACCCGGGCAAAUUGCAUACAUAGGCGAAACCAAUUUUGGAAACGGGGAUUGGGCUGGUGUAGUACUUGAUGAACCAAUUGGUAAAAAUGAUGGGUCCGUGAGUGGAACUAGAUAUUUUCAAUGUGGACCUAAGAGAGGCAUAUUUGCUCGUCUGACUAAUCUCACCUCUUCUCCUUUGAGUUCUGUUGAAGAUUCAAUGGUUCAAAAUUCAUUUGCCGCAACUAAACCAUUAGGGUUUUCAACUCCUAUGCCUAAACGGCAAGGUUCAACUGUGACAGCUACUAAAACUGUUGCAAAAAGUAUUAGUCAAACACCUAUUCCCAAAAGUAGCAGUGAUUUAAAAAUUGGCGAUCGUGUAAUUAUCAGCAGUGGACAAGGAUCUAAAUUGGGAGUUCUAAGGUAUCGUGGUGCAACUCAAUUUGCGCCUGGAGAAUGGUGUGGUAUCGAAUUAGAUGAUCCUCUUGGAAAAAAUAAUGGAACUGUUGAAGGAAUUAGAUAUUUUGAAUGUGAAGAUAAAUUUGGUUUAUUCACUCCCAUUGCUAAGGUUACCAAAUCGCCGAUGUCUGCCAGUCGAAUGUCGACCAAUUGUGCUAUUCACAAGACAAAACGUUCACCAGGCUCUAUGAAUGGAUCUAUGAUCAGUGGUAUUACAUCAACUACCAUGUCAUCAAUACCUACUCGGGUAAGACUUGGAGUUGCCUCUUUAUGCUACAAGCCAAUGAAAGUAUCAGAUGCAGAUCGAGUAAAAUUACAAUUAACUCAAAAAAAUAAUGAAAACGAACUCCUUCGUUCACAAUUUAUUAAAGCAGCAAAUCAAGCAGAAGUAGCUGAAAAAAAGUUAGAGGAAAUAACAGCUCAAUUUAAACAGUCGUCAGAAAUUCAAGCCAAUGGUGUAAUAAUGCUACAAAACCAAUUAGAUACUAUAAAAAAACAAAUAGAUGAUGAAAGAGAAAAAGUCCAAAAUCUACAAUUCACCAAUGAAGAACAAAAUGUUGUUAAUAUUGAAUUACAAAAUAAAAACACUGAACUUUUAAUAAAGAUUAAAGAACUAGAUUUUGAUUUGGCUAAAGAACGAAAUCUAGCUAAAGAUGUAGAAAAAGAAAAAAUGAAGAUUUUUGAAAAAGAAGAAGAAUUAUGUAGAGUAAAAGAAGAGUUAGAAACUCUAAAAAAAUUAAUAGACAACAAUGAAGAUGAAUUACAAAAAUCAGUUUCCAAUUUAAGUUCAGAAGUAGUCGAUAAAGAAGCAAUUUUAAAUACAUUACGUCAAACAUUGAAUGAAAAUUCUCAUACUCAUGAUCGUUUAUUAAAGGAAGCUAAUGAAAAUUUAUCUGCUACCACAGAACGGUUAACCAAAGUAAUAGAAGAAAAAGAAAAAAAAAUUGAACAGAAUCAAGAGAUGAUUGACCAAUUAAAUGAAGGUAUAAAAUGUUUAAGUGCAUUAAAGAAUGAAGAACAUGAUGAUAUUGUAAAUAAUCUUAAAAACGAGUUAAUAAAAUUAAAAGAUGAAUACAAAGUAAUCAUUGAUCAAAAAGAACAAGAUAAUAAACUAAUUCAAGAAAAUCAUAUCAAAAUUGAAAAUGAACUCAAACAAGAAUUAAAAAGUUUUUCAGAAAAUAAAAAUCAAGAAAUUGAAGAACUGCAACAAAAAAAUUUUGAACAAAUUGAAAAACUUGAAAACUUUAAUCAAAAUAUAAAUACAGAAUUAAAAGCAGCAUUAAAAUCUAUACAAGAUCAAACAACUGUUAUAGCAAAUUUAGAGAAAAAAUAUAAUGAUUUAGAACUUCAACAAAAUUCCACUAGAAAUGAAUUAGAAAAAGAACUUACUACAAAACUCAAUACUGUUGAAAAUGAAUUAACAUGUUUAAAAUCUGAAAAAUUUAUGUUAGAAGAAAAGCAUGAAAUUUAUAUGAAAGAAACAUCAAAUGCAACAAACGACUUGGAAAAUAAACUAAAACAUAAUAAUACUUUAAUAGAAAAUCUAAAUAAAACAUUAAAUGAGUUAACUUUAUCAAAACAAAAUGAGUUAGAUUCUAUGAAAAAACAAAUAUUGGAGUUAGAAGGAGAACGCUAUGAAUUAUUAAAACGACAAAGUUUAGAACUAGCCACUAAAGAUGAACUAAUAAAUACACUAUCCAAUAAACUUGAACUUUCAUUAACAGAAAAACAAAAACAAGAUUUAAGAAAUGCUAAUUUACAGACUGAAUUAACAAAUGAAACUACUAAGUAUCAAACAACUAUUAAAGAUUUACAAAACAAAAUUAAUGAAUUAGAAGUAAAUAUUGUAUCAAAUCGCGAAUCAUUUAAAUCAGAACUAGAACUAUUAAGUAAUGAAAAAUUAACAAGCACAUCAGAAAAUUUGAAUCUUUUAGAAAAAUUGAAGUCUCUGGAAAAUUCAAAGUUGAAUCUUGAAGAAAAAUUAGUUUCUAAUGAAAUACGCAUACAAGAUAUUCAACACUUAAAUGAUGUAAUUGAAGAAAAAAAGAAAAUUAUAGAUGAUAAUCAAAUAAAAAUCAAACAGUUAGAUACUUUUGUCAUACAAACCAAAAAUGAAUACGAAGUUAUUUUAAAACAAAAAGAAGAAGAAAUCAAGGAACUGUUAAAAAUUGGAGAAGAAAAGAUGGAAAUAGAAAAGUUGUCGUUAGAAGAAAAAACUAAAGUUAUAUUGGAUGAUAAAGACAAAGAAAAUUCAAUUCUUCUCAAAAAAAUUGUAGAUUUAGAAAAUAUAAAAAAAGAUUUGGAAAUACAAUUAGAAAUGGGUAAAUCACUCGAACAAGAUUUGAAACAAUCAAAUGAAAUAAUCAACGAUAAAAUUAAAACUAUUAAAGAUAACGAUUUGAAGAUUGAAGAGCUGAGUAAUUUAAUUAAUCUAACCAAAAACGAAUUUGAAAAUAAAUUACAGGUAAAGGAAAUUGAAAUCAAAGAUUUAUCAAAAAUAGCAGAAGAAAAACUAAUCAGUGAAAAGAAACAAAUUGAAAAACAGACUGAGGCAAUGUUGGAUGAAAAAAAUAAUGAAAUAUCCAAACUCAUGGAAAAACUUAGUAUUCUGGAGAAUUCUAAAACAAGUGUCGAGCAACAAUUAAUUGAAACCAACAAAAAACAAGAAAAUAUGAUAGCUGAACUAAAAAUGUCAAUUGAAGAGAAAACAAAACUAAUCAAUGAUAAUAAUAUAAACAUUGAACAUUUAAAUAGUCAGAUUGAACAGUGUAAAGAAAAGUAUAAUUCAGAGUUGAAAGAAAAAGAAGACAAAAUGAAAGAGCUUAAAAAAGUAGGGGAAGAGAAAUUAACCGAAGAAAAAUUAAUAUUAGAAAAACAAAAUAUGGUCAUAUUGGAUGAAAAAAAUAAUGAAAUAUCCAAACUCAUUGAAAAACUUAGUAUUCUGGAGAACUCUAAAACAAGUGUCGAGCAACAAUUAAUUGAAACCAAUAAAACACAAGAAAAUAUGAUUGCUGAACUAAAAAUGUCAAUUGAAGAGAAAACAAAACUAAUCAAUGAUAAUAAUAUAAACAUUGAACAUUUAAAUAGUCAGAUUGAACAGUGUAAAGAAAAGUAUAAUUCAGAGUUGAAAGAAAAAGAAGACAAAAUGAAAGAGCUUAUUAAAGUGGGGGAAGAGAAAUUAAUAGAAGAAAAAUUAUUAUUAGAAAAACAAAAUAUGGUCAUAUUGGAUGAAAAAAAUAAUGAAAUAUCCAAACUCAUGGAAAAACUUAGUAUUCUGGAGAACUCUAAAACAAGCGUUGAGCAACAAUUAAUUGAAACCAACAAAAAACAAGAAAAUAUGAUAGCUGAACUGAAAUUAUCAAUUGAAGAGAAAACAAAACUAAUCAAUGAUAAUAAUUUAAACAUCGGGCAGCUGACUAGUAUGAUUGAGAAGUGUAAAGAAAAGUUUAAUUCAGAGUUGAAAGAAAAGGAAGACAAAAUAAAGGAGCUUAUAAAAGCAGGGGAUGAAAAAUUAGUAUUAGAAAAACACAGUAUGGUCUUGUUGGAUGAAAAAAAUAAUGAAAUUUCAAAUCUCAUGGAAAAACUUAAUAUUUUGGAAAAUUCAAAGUCAAAUUUGGAGAAACAAUUGGAGAUUUACAAAAAUCAAGAACAUGAUAUAAUAGAGUUGAAGAGAGCUGUUCAAGAAAAAACUAAAAUCAUAGAUGAUAAUAAUUCUUUUGUAGAUGAAAAAAAUAUAGAAAUUCAAACAUUAAAAAAUCAAUUACACGAGCUUGCAGAAAAUAAUACAGAAAAAGAAUUGAUGUUGAAAUUAGAAUCUAUUAUGAAUGAAUUAGAAAAGGAGAAACUACGGGCAAUACAUUUAGAGGCACAAAAAAUUGAGUUGGAAAAAACUUUGUCACAACAUAAAACUGAAUUAGAGUUAUUAGAAGUAUCCAAAAUGAAUAUGCAAGAAGAUAUGAUUAAAACUAUUGAAAAACAACAAUGUCUCAAUGCAGAACUAACGGCUAAAUCUAUAACUGAAUCAGAACGGUUAGAUGGUGAAAAAUUAAACAUUCAAAAACAAAUUGAUGGACUACAGGUGGAGUGUUCUAGGCUACAAUCAACACUAGAAGAAAAGAACCAUGAAAUCAAAAAUCUAAAAACUCAAAUGUCUCAAGAGUUGAAGCCUGCUGUUUCUGGCAAUGACGAAUUGAAUCAGUUGAAAGCUUUACUUGAAAAGGGUCACAGUGCCCAAUCUCAUUUGGAAUUCCGUGUUCAAGAGCUAACUGAUGAAAACCAUCGUUUGAAUGAACGUAUUGAAGGUGACAGUAAUCUACUUCAGAAGAAUCAUAACAUUAUACAAGAAAAUUUCAACAUUGAAAAAAAAUAUGAAGAAACUUAUAAUAUUUUAAAAAUUAAAGAAAAUCAAAUUUUAGUAUUGCAAACAGAGUUGAAUACUUGGAAGUUAAUGGAUACAGAGAAAUCCAAGGAUAAUAAUGCUCAAGAAAAAACAGAUAAAUCUGAAGCCCAUUUAUUAGCAGAAAAAAAUCAAGAAAUUAAAAUGUUGAAUUCAAUAAUAUUAGGCUUACAUAAAAAGUUAUCUGCUGUUAUGGAAACUGAUGUUUCUGAAUAUGAAAUUGAGAAAAACCCUCAGAGCGUUUCAAAAGAAGAUUAUCAAAAAUUAUACAAAACAGCUAAGAACAAUGUUAAACUAAAGGAGUGUGAAAAUUUAUCAUUGAAACACGAGAUUAAUAAGCUAAAAACAGAAAAUGAUCGUUAUGCAGAGUUUAAAACAAAAUGUGAAAUGUUAGAAAAUGAUAAAAAAGCACUUCAAAAAUUGAUAGUUAGUUAUGAUAACUCCAUUCCAACAAAUGUUAAAAGUGAAAAAAAUGAUACUAAAUCCGAAACUGAGAAAAUACUUGAGGAAAAAGACUGGCAAAUAAAUUUGUUGAAUAAUAUAAUUGCCGAUCUUCAUGCCAAGGUGUCGGAUAAUAAAUUUAAAAUUGAAGCAUUAGAAACACAAAUUUUAGACUCUGGAGUAGAUCAAAGCAAAAAAACACGUAUAAGAACUACUCGUCUCUAUUGUGAAACAUGUGAAAUAUUUGAUUCUCAUGAUACCGAAGAUUGUCCUGAAAAACCAGAAUCUCCAAAAUUACAAAGGAAACGAAGAGUAGUUAAUGAUGGUUCAAAUAGAAUGGUUGAUGAACCAUUUUGCGUAUGCUGUGAUAUGUUUGGACAUACAGCUGACGAAUGUGAUAACUCAUUAACUUUUUAG